GUGGACGAGUUGUCAUGGCGAUGAACAACAACAGCCUGCAGAAGAAGCGCGAGGACAAGCGCUUCCAUGGAGCCUUCACAGGGGGGUUCUCUGCAGGGUACUUCAACACCGUGGGCAGCAAGGAGGGCUGGGCGCCGAGCUCGUUUCAGUCGUCCCGUUCGCAACCCCAGUCAUCGUCCACCGAGAAUGGAGAGCCGUCGGGGCCGCGAAAGCAACGCAUCGAAGACUUUAUGGACGAAGACGACGACCCGUUGCUGGGGAAACGUCUCGGGUUGAACUCGCAGUACGACCCGCUCGCUGCGGAUGGUUCGUCUCAAUCGCAGCAGUUCCAGGCCAAACAAGCGUCGACAUCGUCCAUUCCUGGGUUCAUCGUCGACGACUUCAUCCAACCGUCGCGGAGCACGAUCGGCACGACGCUCCUCGGGAAGAUGGGGUGGAAACAAGGCCAGGGGGUCGGGCCCAAGGUGCGCAAGCGCAAGUUCACCUCUCGCUUCGACCCUCCCGAAGCCGCCCUUCCUACCACCGCCAAACCCAAUGACGACGACGACAUCAUCUUUAUCGCACCCAAGCACACGCUCAACAUCGCCGACAUCUUUCCAUGUCAAAAGCUCGACAAGUACGGCGCCGGGUACGAUCCGUACAUGAACGCGCCGGAGUUCGGUUUCCUGCAGCGGCGGCGGCAACUCGAAGCGUCCGCCGGCGGUCCCCCGCGCGCCAUGCUGACGUUUGCGGACUCGAUCCGCGGCAACAACACGUCGUCCACUUCCACGACGUUGGGGUUGAGUGCAUUGGAAGAAGCCGACGAUGACGACAUGGACGUGUAUGCGACAGACUCGAAGGAUGCGUUCGAUAGAGUUCUGACCAGCCAGCCCACUCGGGCGAGGCUCAUGGCGCCAGCGCAAGAGGACGAUCUUGACGGCGCAGUGUCACAGGUUUGCAGCGACGGAAGCGUGGUACUGACUGGCUUUCGACUGAGCAAGACGCGGUUCAAAUCCCCCGCGGCGACUGUCCAUGUUGUCGUGCCGCCCAAUUGGGUGCCAACGCUCCGCCAUGUCAAGCUGGCGCCGCCUCGCAAACAUGUGACACAGUCAGCGGCAGAUCGAGGCAGAGUGUUGGGCGAACUGGCUCAGAAACAGCCCGAAGCUGCUGACCGUACGUUGCUGCACUCGCAGUUUCGAGCAGGCAUGAUGGCAGCAAUAUCGAGCCGCUUUCAAACGUCGACUUCUACGGAUACUAGUGUAACCCCGCCGCCGCGACUCGAGAUGGCGCCGCUGGUGCGACGGACGAAGGCGUGGAUGCCAGACAGGUUGCUGUGCAAACGCUUCCGUCUGUCGGUGCCGGACGCGGCGGUCGUGGAGGGGGCGGCCAAGAAACCGACGCCCGACACGCGGUUUGAGGACGACAUCAUGGCGCAUGUGCCCGCGGGGGUGGUCCGGACGGCGGCGGACGUCGUCCAAGUGGAGGAAGUGCUGCCGGAGCUGCCGCCGCUGGAACGCCCUGGAUUGGAUUUGUUUCAGUCUGUUUUUGAUGCGAACGACGACGAUGUUGAGGAUGACGACAGCAGCAGCAGUUCCAGCGAUGACGAAGAACAAGACAGCGCACAACCACCCAAAGACAUGAGCCACCAAGGCCAACGCGUUAAAGAACUAGGGCCAGACAUUAAAGAACAAGGUCCAGGCAUUAAAGAACAAGGCCCAGGCAUUAAAGAACAAGACUCAGGUAUUAAAGAACAAGGCCGAGGCAUUAAAGAACAAGGCAUGGCGGCAAGCAAUCGAGAUCGAACGAAGGACGACAAUUCGUUGGAUGAAGACACCCGACGCCGCAAGAAGCACAAGGCUCAAAAAGACCACAAGGCCAAAAAAGACCACAAGGCCAAAAAAGACCACAAGGCCAAAAAAGAGAAAAAAGAGAAAAAGGAGAAAAAACACAAAAAGCACCGUUCCACAAAGGAUUAAAACCCAAAAAUUCCAACUAACAGUUAAUUGAACAAUUUCUAAAUGUCUUGC